AUGCCUCCCAAGAAAUCCAUCAACUGGGGACUGUGGAUUAAGGUCCUGGUGGGAGGCUCUCUCAUCAGCGUUGGUGGGCCAGCACUGACUUACUGGCUGGUACCAACCGAGGAAGAGCUCAGGUCCAGGUACAAUCCUGAGCUGCUCAAGAGGAGCUUGGAGGGCAGAGAAGAGAGACAGCAAGAGUUUGACCAGUUCGUUACGCGGCUCAAGGAAUACUCCAAAUCCGAUAAACCAAUUUGGGCCGUCAUGAAAGAAGAAGAAGAAAGGAAGAAGAGAGCAGACCUGGAAGCCGGAAGGCUACAACAACUGGAGGCAGCGGCCCGGAGAGAACAAAUGCGCCGAGAAGCUGGCCUCGAAAAGUAA